AUGAGUCUGGGACCCCCCCAGGGUGGGGACUGGAGAGAAGGGGCAGACGGAGCAGCCGUCCAUGGAAGGACCAGACCCCCGACCUUCUGGGGCCUUGGGGGCCCCAACCGGGACUCUGUCUUCUUACUGCUGAGGAUAGUGGAAGCUCUGACAGUGAUAAACUGCUGCAUCUUCACGCUGGGCGCCGUUGAUGGUCAGAGUGACUGUGGAUCCUGGAGCAACGGACACUACUGGUGUCUGGGUCACAGUCACCUGACUGCGUGGACUUUUGGUGGAGGCACCAAACUCAUCGUUGACUUGGGAGUGGUGCAGCCCACGCUGAGCGUCCUCCCUCCCUCCAGAGUGGAGCUGGAGCAGGGCAGUGCUACACUAGUGUGUGUGGCCAGUGGGGGCUUCCCCUCAGACUGGAAGCUUGGCUGGAAGGUGGGGGGCAGCAGCAGGUCUGUGGGGGUGUCCGAUAGCCUGGGGGUCCUGGGGAAAGAUGGCCACUACAGCUGGACCAGCACCAUGACCCUCCCUGCAGACCAGUGGAGGAAGGCGUGCUCAGUGAGCUGUGAGGCCAGUAAGAAUGGCCAGACGCAGCCUGUCACUCAAACCCUGAAUCCUGACCAGUGUUCAGAGUAGAGAGGCUCCAGCAUGGAAGUACUGGAGGAUACAGAUCUCCUCUAACACGUCUGCUUAUAGUCUCUCUGUCUGAGGUGGCACCGCAGCUUUUGAUGAUUUACAUUAAUAUAACACGUCUUUGAUUCAUUAACAUGAUGCUCUCUGGAUUUUACCCCUUGCUUGUGUUGGUCACAUGUUGAACAUUUAAUAAAGAUUUAAAGAAUAAA